CAUCUUCUUUCCUAAUCUCAUUCUCUAUUGUUGUGUUUGGCUCCUUGUUAUCGAGAGGACCCAUGUUUCUGAACUCAAGUGGAAAAUUUUCCAACAAUACUCCAAAUUUUCUAACUGCAAGUUCCUUUUCUUGAAAUUUCUCUGAAUAGUAGAAACCAGAAAAAAUGGGUCUCGGAAUAUCAGUCUUCUUGGGAUGUCAAGCAACAGUGCUGUUCCUCAUCUUUGGAUUCCUUAGAGCCCUUGGUUUCAUUUUGUUAUCAAUACCAUUUCUGUAUGCUUCAUUGGUGUCUUUACUAAUAUCUUUAGCUUCUCAUCCAUCAAUUAACCUCCCUAUGCUUUUAGGCAAAAACCCGGAUGGGACAUUUCCAAUUUGGUCAAUCAUCAUGUUCUCUCCUUACUUGUUCUUGGCUAGAGCCUUUUCAUUAGCGCGUAGAUUGAUUAGUGGGGAAGAUCCUUAUAAUGAGAUUUGUGAAGGGGUUUAUGUUGGUGCGUGGCCUUAUUCGCCCAAUAAAUUGCCACCUGGUGACCCUGCUAUUAUAGAUUGUACAUGUGAGUUUCCAAGAAGAUCGGAGUUUAAAGGGCACUCUUAUUUUUGUAUACCAACUUGGGAUACGAGAUCUCCUCAACCAGGGGAGAUUGAAUCUGCUGUGAAGUGGGCUUGUAGAAAAAGAGCUCAGAAUAAGCCUGUUUUCAUACAUUGUGCAUAUGGUCAUGGAAGAAGUGUUGCUGUAGUGUGCGCACUUUUAGUGGCUUUAGGCGUGGUGGAAGAUUGGAAAAUGGCUGAGAAGUUCAUCAAAGAAAAGCGACCUCUUAUUCACAUGAACUCUCUCCAUCGAAAAGCACUGGAAGAAUGGUCUCGUAACAGACUAUCUUCUCCCAGACUUCCAGGGGAGACGAGAUAGUGUAAGUUUUCUAAUUAUUUAAAGUUCCUUUAGGAUGCUCACAAUAGAUAGACCAGAAAGCAAAAGCUACUUAGAUGUUUCAAUACUUGUGCUUCGAUUUCCUUUUAUAUGAUACAUGACUGUUGACUGUAAUAUUCUUUAUCACUUGAUGACUUAUUCUUUUAUGAUUCCAUGUUUUGGAUUGAACCUUUAUAUCAAUAUGGAAUCUUGAAUGAAAAGACUAAUGUUUGAUAGUUUCUUUUA